AUGAACAAUGCCUGGCUCUGGCGGCCUAAAGCAACCCCUUACACCCCGGUUGAUGAAGCAAACUACCCAGUUUGCUACAAUCGUUCCACGGCUAAACAAGCUUUCAAAGUCGUCAACCAGUUUUUCUUGGGUUUCUUCAGUGUUUUCUUCGUGAUCAUCUUGAUCCCGUGGAUGGGAGAGAAUUUCUUCGAUGCGGAUCAUGGAAACAAUUCGCUGUAUCAGAAUAGAAAGUUAUGCAUCUCUCAAUUCUGCAUCCUCGCCUCACUUCUUGCUAUCUUUGCCUGGAGUCAUCGAGAGCCGAAAUGGACUCAACUUUACAUCAUUUUAAUUUUCCCAGUUCUCAUUAUUGUAACAGUCACCUCUUUCGGCACUACCAUGAUUCUCGCAAAUGAAUUUUUGGACGAUCUUUUUUCUAGCGAUGCUCAUAGCUUUGCUCCACUUGGUUGCUUGUCAUUUUUCGGAUACAAUCCACGAACCUCGUCUGCAUUUUUGGGUUUCCUUGCCGCUCUCAUUUGGGCUCUCUGCACUUGGUUUUUCGCCUGGUAUCUGGUCUUGAGUGUCACCUUUUAUCAAUAUGUCAGAGAUUUUCAAAUCGUGCUCGAGGGCGAUGGAGGAACUACUGGAAUUGUGAUCGAUCAUGAAAGAAAUCAAUUCAUCUCAACUUGGUUGUGGCGACCGUCAAACCAAAACCCGAAACCAUACGAAGAAAGAAACUACCGAAACUGUUGCUGUUUUUGCUGCAUCAAGACUGUUACUGCUUUCCGAUUCAUGCAACUUCUUCUCUUCGCCAUUUACACCCCAAUCGCGAUCUUUUGCGAGUGGCGGUAUGCGACGUUGUUCGCCCUCCAUCUAGUCUCAAUGAGUAUUUUUGGACUUUUCUCGACAUGUUGCUUUAAUAAGCCAUUCUAUACCCAGCUGCAUCUCAUUUUAUCGUUAAUCGAUAUCUCGAUUAUGACAGUGUUUGCUGAAGUAAUGUCCGGCUUAAUGAUUUACCGUAUUAUGGAAAAUUUCGCCUACAGAGACGUUCAACAAGUCCUUGAUUGGAUCAGAGAAAAUUUGAAGAUAAAUGUGACUAGCAAAUGGGAGGUUUUAUACUUGCUUGUCAUUCCUUUUCUCGUUUUGCUCAGCGCCAUCUGGACAAUCAAGAUCCACUUCAACUACUACAGAUUUGUGAGAGAUCGCAAAUUGGAGAUGGAGCAAAUUGUGGAAAGUGAAACUGGUUCCCUGAUGGAUCAUGAGGGUUUUCAAGGAGAUAACCCGAACUAUGAACCGAUCAACGAGACAAUCGAGGUC